UGAGAGCAAGUGCCUGUGCAAGCUCUCUGGGGAAGGAGAGAAAGUAACAAGAAGGAAUACUAAAUCCAUCACAAGAGAUAAGUAGGGUCACUUCACAGCUUGAGCGAUAGAAGAGACAGGACGUUUAUUGUUUUUCCUUCUCAGUCUCAUGCCUGCUAUCCAACAUAGCCGUUUCUCUUGUUUGUCCUAAACCUGUCAGAUCGCAAUCACUGUGUGGACUGUCCAAGCAUGCCCACGAACGGAAUUAACAGGGCUCUGAAGCUACAGUUUGGCCUCAUCAACUAUGAGAACCGCUACCUUACAGCUGAGGCCUUCGGCUUCAAGGUGAAUGCUUCAGGCCUCAGCAUGAAGAAGAAACAAAUCUGGACCUUAGAGCAAGACGAGCAAGAUGGUCAAGUUGUGUUCCUUCGCAGUCAUCUGGGACGCUACCUGGCUUCUGACAAGGAUGGAAAGAUCACAUGUGGGGCAGAGAAGCCUGAUCCCGAAUGCCGCUUCCUUAUAGUGCCCCAGUCUGAUGGUCGCUGGGCCCUGCAAUCGGAGCCAUAUCUGCGUUAUUUCGGGGGCUCAGCUGACUAUCUGUCCUGCUUUGCCCAGGCCAUUGGGGAACAAGAGCUAUGGGCUGUUCAUUUGGCUUUGCACCCACAAGCCAGCCUGCUAAGUGUGGCACGUAAGCGUUAUGCCCAUCUGUCUUCGUCAGAGGGAGAGAUCUCAGUGGACAGCAACAUUCCCUGGGGAGUGGACUCUCUGGUCACCUUGGUAUACCUGGAUGGCAAGUACAGCCUGAAGACCUGUGACAGCCGUUUUCUCAGCAAUGACGGUAAACUGGUGAAGGAGAACACCAACACAACAAGUUUCACACUGGAGCUGAAAUCUGGAAAGCUUGCCUUUAAAGACUGUGAUGGGAAAUAUCUGAGCCCAGUGGGUCCCACAGGAACGCUGCGUUCUGGCCGAUGUUCCAAGCCUGGAAAAGAUGAGCUUUUUGACCUGGAGGAGAGUCAUCCACAAGUAGUUUUUCAAGCUGCCAAUAAAAGAUUUGUUUCGGUCAAACAAGGGGUGAGUAUUUCAGCCAAUCAGGAUGUAGAGACAGACAUGGAGACCUUUCAAAUGGAGAUCGAUAAGGAGAGCAAAAAGUCUAUGUUCAGAACCAAUGGUGGGUCCUACUGGACUUUAGUGAGUCAUGGAGAAAUCCAGUCCACAGCCACAGAAGUAGAGGUCAACACUAUGUUUGACAUUGAGUGGCGAGGACACAGGGUAGCACUCAAAGCGAGUAAUGGAAAGUACGUGUGCACAAAGAAAAAUGGGCAGCUCUCAUCGGUCAGUGAUACAGUGGGGGAUGAUGAAUUAUUUCUGAUGAAACUCAUCAACCGCCCAAUGCUGAUCCUGCGUGGGGAAAAUGGCUUUGUGUGUCAUCACAAGAACUCCAACGCGCUGGAUGCUAAUCGAUCUGUCUACGAUAUCUUCUCGUUGAUCUUCAAUAAUGGCGCCUACAAUAUAAAAAGUGCAAAUGGAAAGUUCUGGUACGUCUCAAGCAACGGCUUAGUGUGCUCAGACGGAGAAAAGUCAGAGGACUUUUUUCUUGAGUUCCCAGAACACGGACGCGUCGCCAUUAAGGGCUCCAAUGGAAAAUACCUCCGUGGAGACCAGGGAGGCACUCUAAUGGGUGACGGCGCAUCUGUUGACGUAUCCUCUGUUUGGGAGUACUGAUACUUUCACGCCAGGUCCUCCAAGAAGGCCUAAGAUCCAGGUGCAAGUCCCACUUUGAUCAGAUCAAAUCAGGCGGACUGGCGAUAUAAACUGCCUGUUUUUACAAUCCCAUGUUUUGAUGUUCAUUUUGUUGUUUUUUAAUUGGUAAGAACACUUUAGGAAGCUGUGUUGGUCUUUUUCUUGUGAAGAUUAGAUGUUUUGUCUUUCAAAUGACAGCAAAUGCCAACAUAAAAUGUCAUACACUAUGUGGAAUUUUUGAUUUUAUAAAUGGGCAGAAGUGAAUGGACACAUUGUCAGAGACACAUUGUUAGUAUGUAAACAAUGGCAACCAAAUACUCAUCAAUACUUAUCAGUCACCGAACAGAGAAACAGGUUCAUCAAUGUAAAUAGAUUCUUUGCUUCUGGUAUGUUCCAGUAGCUGAAAAUAAAACCUAUUGUAUUCUGGGACAUAAAAAGUAAAGACUUUUGAAGAAAAGGAGACAUAUAUAUCCAUCCACAUUUACAGACAAGCUAAAACUAAGAUAAUAAAGAAAGAAGAAAAAAAAUCAUCACAAAUCAGUGUGGUGUCAUUUUUUGUAUUUCCAACCAUCAUUUUAUUAUGUUUAUUCCAAGUAGCGUCCCAGGGAGCUGUCAUUGGGAGAGAGGCAGGGUACACCCCAGAAAGUUUACCACGGGGACAUAUGAAACAGACAAGCAUGCACACUCACUCUCACUGCUAUAUUCAAGUUGGAGUCACCAAUUAACCUAAUAUGCAUGUUGUCAGACAGUAGUCUUGCGUUUCCCUACAGAAAACAAGGAUUUUCAUUUCUAGACAUGGAUUUUGGUUUGAGUGGUAGGCUGCUUGACAGAAAAUCUUACCUGGAACUAAUUUAGUACCCUUGAAAAAUGAAUUACUUACAUAGACAUACUGGAGUGACACUGUGGUCGUGUAGCUAACCCUGACCAUAACUUAACACGUCAUUGUCUUGAAAUUGGCUGUGGACGCGCUGCUCUGUUUAUUUGAACGGAUCAUUAAAAGCUAGUGUGAAAGAGCAAUAUUAGGCUAAUGAAGUGGACAUUAAGAAAUUACUCCAUCUCAGCAAUUCAAAGAAUGUGAAUCCACAAAUGACUUAAAUGAACCUCUCUGCAUAUAAUGAGGUCACACAAGUUUGAGACAAGAAUAAUACCUGCAGGUGAAUCCACACUGUCUUCUGUAUCUAUUAACAGCCAUUUCUUGUGUGGUGAGGUGGGUAGAUAUGUAAAUAUAAAGGCUUUUGAUCCCAGAUAUUAACGGUUAUCUUCUGUCCAUUUGCUCACAAUUAAGUGUGAGUAUUCUACUGAUUGCAACAGAAGAGUGAGUGCAGUGUACACUUGUAAUCCCACAUGGCUGGUGGUUACAAACAGAUCACUCAUCUUUCAUGAAACUGCUCCAUUAGACAUCUUUAGGAAAACAUGUGGAUGCGACUGAAUUGUCCCAGACUACCUAAGAUAAAUAAUGUAUCUAAGAUAGAUAUAUCCAACAGAUACGAAGCUUCUUAACUAUGGAUAUCAAUCCAAUAGGCAUCUUUCAUAACAAAGUCCUGCAAUCUAACUUUCUCUUUGAAAAUUUGAUCUUUGGCCUCCUUCUGCCCCUUCACCAGCACAGGUCGUUUGAUGGGAAAUAUUUGCUUUAAAACUGUCAGUGACAUAAUGAGUUGAUUAUUUAUUCUUAAGAACCCAUCUCCUAAUUAUGGGUAGAAGAAGCCCAGUCUGUAUUCGUGCAUUUAUUCAUUCACAGGACAAACUGAAGCUGAAUACUUUAAACUCAGUUUUUGUGGUAUUUUCUAAUUGGUAAUAUACUCUUCUUACUUAAUGUCUGGUCUAGUGGUGUUGUCAUGUUUGCAGUCUGUAAAUAAUAGAUAUGACUAGUUGCUGUCAAAAAUUCAGGGAUAAAAAAAAGCUUGUUUAAUUGUGGGGCAUUGAGAACGUCAUGCCAUAUGUUAGAAUAUAACCAACAUCUGCAUACGUUUGUUGUCUUACCAUGUUUUUAAUUUGACUUAUGAAACCAGUAUCAGAAAUAAAAACAUUUUUUUUUUCUUUGUUAGUAGAUUGAUGGGUCAAAUGUUGAAAGCAUGUGUUAGAUUUUAGAGUUAUUUGGCUCCUAAGAUGUCUUAAGAUUAGGUGGGGUAGAAAAAAUAUCCUACCUUAAGAUAGUUAUUUACCAUCAGCAUAAAUCGCAGAUAAGGAGCUCAAGCCUAGUGCUAAAAAAAAUCAAUGCCAAUGAUACAUAGAUGUUAGCUGGAGAUACACUGGGAUAACAUGGUGACUGUCAGGUGUUUUUCUCUGUUAUAGUAGUAGUUGUGAAACCAUAUCCUGCUGCUCUCAUGAUAACCCCUAGAAACAUAAAAAGCAUACAAAGUAGAAUACUGCAACUGAUCUGACAUUGUUUUUAUUUUUAGGUUUUAGAUGUGACUCAGCUGUCCCUUACAGAACAUAAUCAUGUGUACCCAUGUACAGGCAUGGCAGGUUAUUUUGUCA